AUGGCCAAGAAGAGAAUUGCUGUAAUUGGAGCUGGAGUUUGUGGCCUCGGUGCCAUCAAGUGCUGUUUGGAUGAGGACCUGGAGCCCACCUGCUUUGAAAAGAAUGAUGACAUUGGAGGACUCUGGAAAUUCCAAAAAAAUACUGCAGAGAAACUGCCAAGUAUCUACAGAUCUUUGACUAUCAAUACCUCCAAAGAGAUGAUGUGUUACAGUGACUAUCCCAUCCCAGACCAUUUUCCCAACUACAUGCACAACUCCAAAGUCAUGGAGUACUUCAGGAUGUAUGCCAAACACUUUGACCUCCUGAAAUAUAUUCGCUUCAAGACCAAGGUUCAAAGUGUAAAGAAGCGCCCAGAUUUUUCUUCUUCCGGACAAUGGGACGUGGUAGUGGAGGCUAAUGAGAAACUGGAGUCCUUAGUCUUUGAUGGGAUCUUGGUUUGCAGUGGUCAUCAUACUGACCCCAACUUACCACUACAGUCCUUCCCAGGCAUUGAAGAGUUCAAAGGUGACUAUUUCCACAGCCGAGAGUAUAAAAGUCCAGAAGAAUUUUUAGGAAAAAGAAUCAUCGUGAUUGGUAUUGGGAAUUCUGGAGCAGACAUUGCUGUAGAACUCAGUCGUGGUGCAAAACAGGUCUUCCUUAGCACAAGACAUGGAUCAUGGAUAUUACAUCGUGUUUGGAACAAUGGAUACCCCAUGGACAGUUCAUUUUUCACUCGAUUCAAUAGUUUGCUCCGGAAAAUAGCAAGUCUCAGAAUAAUUAACAAUCAGCUGGAAAAGACAUUGAAUUCAAGAUUUAACCAUGCCCACUAUGGCCUACAACCUCAGCACAGACCUUUAAGCCAACAUCCAACUGUCAAUGAUGACUUGCCAAAUCACAUAAUUUCUGGUAAAGUCUUAGUGAAACCAAACAUAAAGGAAUUCACUGAGACAGCUGCCAUUUUUGAGGAUGGCACCAUAGAAGAGGACAUUGAUGUAGUCAUCUUUGCUACAGGAUACAAUAUCAGUUUUCCUUUUCUUGAAGAUCUCAUCCAAGUCACCAACAAUGAAGUAUCCCUGUAUAAGCUCAUGUUCCCUCCGGACCUGGAGCAGCCAACACUAGCAGUCAUUGGCCUCAUCCAACCCUUGGGAAUUGUCCUACCCAUUGCAGAGCUCCAAAGUCGCUGGGCUACACGAGUGUUCAAGGGGCUGAACAAAUUACCUUCAGUGAAGAACAUGAUGGCUGAUAUCACACAGAGGAAAAUAGCUAUGGCAAAACGGUAUGUGAAGAGUCCCCGCCACACCAUCCAAGUAGAUCACAUCGAGUACAUGGAUGAAAUUGGAAUCCAAAUUGGUGUGAAGCCCAACCUUCUCUGGCUCUUCCUCUGGGAUCCCAAGCUGGCCUGGAAGGUUUUCUUUGGUCCCUGCACCCCAUACCAGUACCGCCUGCAUGGACCCAGGAAAUGGGAUGGGGCCAGAAAAGCUAUCCUAACUCAGACAGAAAGAAUACUCAAACCCAUGAGAACCCGCACUGUCAAUAAUGAGAGAAAUCCGUCUUUGGAAAUUUCUUGGGUUAAGAUGGCACCUCUGGGCUUUGCAGUCCUGGCCAUUAUCUUAUCUUACUAUCGUUACAUAUAUCAUCCUAAAAGAAAGUGA